AUGUCCGAUCCGAUAGACCUUGCCGCUAUUUCCGAUGCCACCACCAGUUGGCAAAGUUUCAAGAACCCUAAUUGGCGCGCUCCCAAGAGAAGGCAUAAACCCGCCAAACAGCUCAUAGGAGACGAGCAGAAAAGAAUCCAAAGCAAAGAUCCCUCAGAAAGAGACAUCGAGAACGAGGUGACAUAUUCCACGCUGCAGGCUCCUCCUUCGCUCAAGCCAAUAAAGACUUAUUGUGAUAUCACCGGAUUGCCUACUAGUUACAGAUCUCCUCAUAACCAGGUGAGGUACUACAAUAUGGAAGUGUAUGAUGUGGUGAAAAAUCUGGCAGCUGGUGUUGACCAGGAAUAUUUGGGCUUAAGGGGUGCCAAUGUGAUAUUGAGGUGA